GAAGAAGAAGCGGAAGUGAUUUUUUUUUUUGCUGUUUUAGAGAAGAUGGCGGCGGCGUUGAACAGAAAUUAGAAUAAUUAAAACAUUUUUGUUUUCUCGUGCUAGAAAUAACUGCUUUUAUUCACACUCUGUAGCAACAUGACCAAUCGAACUGCGUACUUCUACGACCCAGACGUGGGGAACUUUCACUAUGGUGCUGGGCAUCCAAUGAAACCUCAUAGACUAUCACUCACACAUAGUCUUGUACUUCAUUAUGGACUAUACAAGAAGAUGAUGGUUUUCAAACCCUACAAGGCAUCCCAGCAUGACAUGUGCAGGUUCCACUCUGAGGAUUACAUAGACUUUCUGCAGAAGGUCAGUCCAAACAACAUGCAGGGCUUCACAAAGAGUCUCAACACUUUCAAUGUAGGAGAUGACUGUCCUGUCUUUCCAGGUCUGUUUGAGUUUUGUUCAAGAUACACAGGUGCCUCAUUACAAGGAGCAACUCAGUUAAACCACAAGAUUUGUGACAUUGCUAUAAACUGGGCGGGAGGUUUACAUCAUGCAAAAAAGUUUGAGGCAUCUGGAUUUUGUUAUGUGAACGACAUUGUCAUCAGUAUUCUUGAACUCCUGAAGUAUCAUCCACGUGUGCUCUACAUUGACAUUGAUAUUCAUCAUGGGGAUGGUGUACAGGAAGCAUUUUAUCUCACAGACAGGGUCAUGACAGUGUCCUUCCACAAAUAUGGGAACUAUUUUUUCCCGGGAACUGGUGACAUGUAUGAAGUGGGGGCUGAGAGCGGCCGCUAUUACUGCUUGAAUGUCCCUCUGCGAGAUGGCAUUGAUGACCAGAGUUACAGACAACUAUUUCAGCCAGUUAUCAAGCAGGUGGUAGACUUUUAUCAGCCAACCUGUAUUGUUCUUCAGUGUGGAGCAGAUUCUUUGGGAUGUGAUCGAUUAGGAUGCUUUAAUCUCAGCAUACGAGGACAUGGAGAAUGUGUGGAGUUUGUGAAGGGCUUCAAAAUUCCGCUGCUUGUUCUGGGUGGAGGAGGGUACACCGUGAGGAAUGUGGCUAGAUGUUGGACAUUUGAAACAUCAUUGCUUGUUGAGGAGUCAAUUAGUGAUGAACUUCCAUAUAGUGAAUACUUUGAAUAUUUUGCUCCAGACUUCACACUUCAUCCAGAUGUCAGCACAAGGAUAGAAAACCAAAAUUCUAGACAAUAUUUGGAACAAAUUCGUCAAACUGUGUUUGAAAAUUUGAAGAUGUUGAAUCAUGCACCAAGUGUCCAGAUCCACGACGUUCCCUCUGAUUUGCUGAGCUACGAGCGACCAGACGAGGCUGAUCCUGAAGAGAGAGGAUCAGAAGAGAACUUUUCUAGACCUGAAGCUGCGAAUGAAUUUUAUGAUGGUGACCAUGAUCAUGAUAAAGAAAGUGAUGUGGAGAUCUGAAGACUUUUUUGUGCAGUGUACCUGUCUUUGGUCUUCAGCCAUGAAGGUGUCCAUUCCUUGCAGUAUCUACAGUACUUGACUGUGAUGUGUGGGUAAAAGCCAAUCAUUUUUUUAACAUGUCGAAAUUGUGUAGUUCACCAUAUGUAGGUCUUUAUAUUGUAUUUUUCUGUUUAUCAAAUUUUAAGUAAAAAAGGGAACUUUACAAUGAGUCCUGCAAGCAGCUUCUGCUGCAUUUGUAUUCAGAGGGUUCAACAAUAAUGUGAUGAAUGAUGGCUUUGUGUGCCUAAUAUCAAAAAUAAGUGUUUUGAUUUAGAGAAAAUAAAAUCUAUUUGAAAUGAGCCCUUCUAUCUAAAACAUCUAUUUACACAGUCUGACCCUAAGAACUAUCUAAAAUGUGGCGGAUCACCAGUGCUGUUUGUUAUUUUAAUUAUUUGGCAGCUGUCUUGUUUUGUUGUAUUUUGUUAUAGUAUGUCUCAUAGUUUGAGUUUUGUAUGUUAAGAAUAUGACAUGGUGGAGGAAACAACUAGGAGAUAAAUGUAUAAUAUUUUCACAAAAAUGUUAUUCAAAAUUUCAUGUCACAACUCACAACAUAUAACACAUUUUUUUGUAUUCUCAACUGUAAUAAAAACAUUUUACAAAA